AUGAAGAUUAGAUUUGAAAACAUAAACUUUAAGGCAGCAUUGUUCCUUGUUGGUAUGUUGGUUAUUGUAAUGGACAAUAACAACAAUAACAAGGUAUCAGCUCAAAGCCCAACUAGAAAUCCACACAACCCUGCGUGCACAGGUUUUACACUUGCUGAAUGUAAAUCAGCUGGUUCAUGUUGUUUGUGGUGCGAUUCUGUGGACCCAACCUCCCCACCAGUCGACCCAACCAAACCAACUGGUUAUUGCUAUGAUUACACAGAGAUGUUUGUCGGUGGUGUUUGCUCCAACAGCACUGCCAACACUGAAUGCAAGACUAUAAGAUCAGAGAAUAUCUACUCUGCUUGCACAUGUCAAAUUCAUCCAGAAUCAAGUAACGAUUCUUCUCUUUUAAAUCCAUCCUUUUUUACUGCUUUUAUUCUUUCUAUUUUCUCUUUCUUGUAUCAUGAUGGCAUGGAUGAUAUUUGGAAAGGAUGGUCCCAUCCUUGA